AUGGACACCGACAACAGCGAGUGGGCCAGCGAGCCCAUUGCCGUCAUUGGCAUGAGCUGCAAAUUCUCUGGCGGCGCCAGCAACCCAGACAAGCUCUGGGACCUCAUGGCUUCAGGGGAGACCGGCUGGAGCGAGAUCCCAGAAGAUCGGUAUAAUCUAAAAGGAGUCUACCACCCCAACCACGAAAGAACCAGCACGUCACAUGUCAAGGGUGGACACUUUCUCGACGAUGAUGUAGCAGCCUUUGAUGCAGCAUUCUUCAACUAUUCGGCGGAGAUGGCCCAGGUAGUCGACCCGCAAUUCCGGCUGCAGCUCGAGUCUACUUAUGAGGCGCUCGAAAAUGCUGGCCUACCUCUCUCACAGGUGAUGGGAUCACAGACGUCCGUUUUCGCUGGCGUCUUCACUCAUGACUACCAAGAGGGAAUAAUACGAGACGAAGAUAGGCUGCCACGUUUCAACGUAGUGGGAACAUGGAGCCCCAUGUCAUCCAACCGUAUCUCGCACUUUUUCGACUUCCGCGGCGCCAGUAUGACUCUGGAAACGGGAUGUUCGACGACGCUGGUGGCCCUGCACCAAGCGGUACACUCCUUGCGCAAUCGUGAGGCCGACAUGUCCGUGGUGACCGGAGCCAACGUGAUGCUGAACCCAGACACAUUCAAGGCAAUCGGGUCACUGGGGAUGCUCUCGCCCGACGGCAGGUCAUACGCCUUCGAUUCGCGCGCCAACGGGUACGGUCGCGGAGAGGGCGUGGCCACCAUCAUCAUCAAGCGACUGUCAGACGCGCUGGCCGCCAACGACCCCAUUCGGGCCGUAAUCCGCGAGACGGCCCUGAACCAGGACGGCAAGACUGACACCAUCACGACGCCAUCCGGCGCCGCCCAGGUAGAGCUCAUGCGGGAAUGCUACCGCCGGGCUGGCCUCGACCCGCGUGGCACUCAAUACUUUGAGGCCCACGGCACGGGAACUCCAACCGGUGACCCAAUCGAGGCGGGAGCCAUCGCCGCUGUCUUUGGCGGAGGUGAAGGACGUGACAAUGAGGAGUACUACAUGCGCAUCGGCUCCGUUAAGACCAACGUGGGCCAUACUGAGGCCGCUUCGGGUCUCGCCGCCAUGAUCAAAGGUGUCUUGUGCCUCGAGAAGGGGAUAAUUCCGCCAUCGGUAAACUAUGAGACGCCCAACCCGAAGCUCAAGCUCGAGGAGUGGCGUCUCAAGGUGGUGAGGACGAUGGAGCAGUGGCCUGACAGUCUGGUUGAUGGUCCGCGCCGCAUGUCGAUCAACAACUUUGGCUACGGCGGAGCGAAUGCCCAUGUCAUUUUAGAGAGUGCCGACCCCUGGACCUUAACAUCAGAUCUGGAUCUCAACCCCGUCAAUGGCAAUGGCAGUCACAGUGUGAAUGGUAAUGGGCAUGUCAACGGCAACGGCUAUACCAAUGGCACCUAUCACACAAGCGAUACCACUGACGACGCCAAAGUGCUAAUCCUCAGUGCACGCGACGAGCGGGGCUGUCGGCAAAUGGUUUCAGACCUCAAGGCGUAUCUGGAAAAGCACAGGUCGCUUGGACACGCGGGCUCCGAGCAGCUGCUGCGUAAUCUCAGCUACACGCUGGGUGAGCGCCGGACGCUCUUCCAGUGGGUUGCGGCGCACCAGGUGCGUCUUGACAAGGACGGUACCCUCGACGCCGCCAUCCAAGCCCUCGACUCGCCUCGCUUCAAGCCCGGCCGCCGAGCCUCGGAUAGUCCACGCAUCGGCAUGAUUUUCACCGGCCAGGGCGCCCAGUGGUAUGCCAUGGGUCGCGAGCUCCUGACGUCGUACCCUGUCUUCCGCCAGUCUAUUGAAGAAGCUGAGGCGUACCUGCACGCCCUCGGGGCUGACUGGUCACUCCUCGAGGAGCUACAGCGCGACAAGAACUCGACAAGGGUUCACGACACGAAAAUCAGCAUUCCCGUGUGCGUGGCGCUGCAGAUCGCAUUGGUACGCCUGCUUGAAGCGUGGGGCAUCACGCCCUCCGCGGUCGCAAGCCACUCGUCGGGCGAGAUCGCAGCCGCCUUCGCCGUGGGUGCCCUCACGCAUCGCCAGGCCAUCGCGACGGCCUACUACCGCGCCGUACUCGUAGCAGACGAGACACUGCGCCCAGCUGGGGCUGCCAAGGGUGCUAUGGCGGCGGUGGGCUUGGGUGUUGAUGCAGUACAGUCCUACCUCGACCGGCUGAGCAAGGAGAACGGCAAAGCUGUUGUUGCGUGCGUCAACAGCCCUCAGAGUGUCACCAUCUCCGGUGAUUCUGACGCCGUUCAAGAGAUUGAGGACUUGUGCAAGCAGGAUGGCGUGUUCGCUCGUCGUCUCAGAGUCCAACAGGCAUACCACUCACACCACAUGGAUCCUUUCGCUGAUGCCUACCGGGAGCGCCUCCGAGUCGAAAUGGCGCGGGGUGUGGUGCAAAAUGGCAAGCAGUCAGCCAAGCAAGAGCUUAAGGCAGUCUUUUCGUCGGCAGUCACUGGUGGACGUAUUACCAAGAUUGAGAAAAUCGCCAGUCCGGACCACUGGGUCGGUAGUCUGGUGCAGCCGGUCGAGUUCGUGGACGCCUUUACCGAAAUGGUGCUGGGCGAUCCAGAUGACCCGACGGGCAGAAGUGUCGACGUAUUGCUCGAGGUCGGCCCUCAUACGGCGCUGGGAGGACCUAUCCGUGAGAUCUUAUCCCUGUCCGAGUUCGAGGGCAUCGAGCUCCCGUACUGGGGCUGUCUCGUGCGCGACGAACACGCAGGCGACAGUAUGCGAUCGGCCGCCAUCAACCUGUUCCGCGAGGGGCAAUCCCUGGUAAUGAGCCAGAUCAACUUCCUCGUGCCGGCCUAUGACGACGAGAGCCCUCAGGUCUUGACGGACUUGCCAUCGUAUCCCUGGAACCACACUAUGCGUCACUGGCAAGAGUCAAGAGUCAACCGGGCCAUUCGCGAACGCAGUCAGCCACCUCACGAACUCCUUGGCAUGCCCGUUGCUGGCAAUGACCCCAGCACGGCCGUGUGGCGCCGUAUCUUGCGCGUUACCGAAACCCCGUGGGUCCGCGAUCAUAUGGUGCAAGGCAGUAUUGUGUACCCAGGCUCGGGCUACAUUUGCCACGCGAUUGAGGCCGUUAGGCAGUUGGAGAAGGAUGGUGCCACCGACGAAGACAAGUCCGGCAGGAGUAUCUCAGGAUUCCGCCUGCGCGAUGUCAACUUCCUUUUCGCCCUCGUUAUCCCGGACAGCGCGGACGGCGUUGAGAUUCGAACCACGCUUCAGUCUGUUCCUGAGCGGGAAAUUGGCGCCCGCGGCUGGCGGCGCUUUGAGGUAUCGUCAGUCACGCUGGAUAACCGGUGGACGCUGCACGCCAAGGGCAUGAUCAUGGUCGAGCGGGAGGCAACUGCCCUUGAGACGGCAGAGCGCCGCCCGUUGUCUACUUACACCCGCCAACCGGAUCCUCAGGACUUGUUCGCCAACCUCAGGGCACGCAGCGUCUAUCAUGGCCCCCUAUUCCAGAACACGACCAAGAUUAUCCAGGAUGGCCGGGAACCGCGAUCCGUGUGCGACAUCACCAUCCGUCACGAAGCUUCGUCCGAUGCAGACCCGGUGAUGGCGGCAAAGAACACCUUGCUGCACCCGAUCACGCUCGACGCUGUCGUCGUCGCGUUCUAUUCCGUACUGCCGAGUGUCGGAGCUCUGCAGGAAGACCCCAAGCUACCGCGGUCUGUCGCAUCGAUGUGGAUAUCGAGCAACAUCAGCCGCGAGAUCGGUCACACGCUGCGCUGCGACACGUCACUGCUGCACGACGACGCUCAAAGCGGGAUCGCUGACAUCACCGUCUUCGACGGCCAGACUGAUGCCACAGUGCUCAAGAUCCAGGGCGUUGAGUUAGCGUCUCUGGGACGGGGCAGCGGAGCCACGGCGCGACAGGAUGCGGCAAACAAGGGCGGUGCUGCCAUCACCAGCAAAUGGGAGCAAGAGGUGUGCAGCAAGCUCGUGUGGGGACCCGAUCUGUCGCUUCGAAACCCGCUGGCUUUCGAACAGAUUAAGAAGCAGCUGGUUCCCACCGACUCUGAUGCCGAAGCAGACAUCGCCGGAAACCUACGGCGCUUGUGCAUCUACUUUGCCCAUGAUGCGCUUCGAGUGCUCACCUCAGAGGAUGUAGCCCAACUGCAGGAGCAGCCACACUUGGCCAAGUACUAUGCUUGGCUGCGUGAUUUGGCCGCCAAAGCCUCCACGGAACCGGCGCUGGACGUGCCUGAGAAGCGUCAAGAAUACAUGGCCGCUGUGGCCUCGCAAAGCAUCGAUGGGGAGUUGGUCUGCCGCCUCGGGCCCCUCCUCCCGUCCAUCCUCCGUGGUGAGCUCAACGUGGAAGAAGUGAGUGGGUUGCUGAAUGAGUACAACGCCAACGCGAUGCGUCGGUCAUCGGCACUGAGACAACUCUCUUCGCUGCUGCGAAAGGUUGCACACAAGAACCCCGGUGCUCGCGUCCUCCAAAUCGGUACUGGUACCGGCGCCCAGGCGACACGUCACAUCCUGGAGACGCUUGGCACGCCCAAGACGCCGUUGGUGGCGACCUGGCACGUUACCGAGCCGUCCUCGGAGUCCCUGGAGGAAGCCCGUACUCAACUUGCAGACUGGGCCGAUUUGCUCGAGUUCGACCAACUCGACGUCGAGCAGAGCCCAUCCAAGCAGAAGUUUACCCCAGGAAGCUACGACAUCGUUGUUAGUUUCCAAGUUCUACGCGCCACCAAGAACGUGACCAGUGCCGUUGCCAAUGUGCGCAGCCUGCUGAAGCCAGGCGGCACGUUCCUAUUUGCGGAGACGGCAAAGGACCAGGUAGAUGUGGAUUUCAUCUUCGGCCUGCUCCCGAGCUGGUGGCAAGGCGAAGAAUCCGACCGCUCAACCCUCACAGCAUCCUCCUGGGAUACCGUGCUUCGGGACGCUGGGUUCAGUGGAGUUGAUCUUGAGAUUCCUGACUCGGAGAGCGACAUCGUCCAUACCAACAGUAUCAUCAUGUCCACGGUGCCAUCCAACCUGGGCGAGGCUAAUUACGGAGAGAGCUUUGCCGUCGUCACCAGCAGCAGGGCACCUCCACCACCGGGCUUUGUCGAUCUGCUAUCCCGGCGCAUCCAGGCCUUGACCGGUACCGAUAUUCUCGCCCCCGAGCACCUCGUGCUCGAGCAGAGCAGCUUCGACACCUACAAGGGCAAGAUCUGUGUUUUUGUGGGCGAGAUUGACGAACCCAUUCUGGCCGAUCUCGACGGAGUGCGUAUGGAAGGCCUACGCGCCAUGGUCACGCAAUGCAGCGGCCUGCUCUGGGUCACGACCGGCGGUACCGUGGACAGCGAGGUACCCGAGCGGGCCGUUCACCAGGGCUUCUUGCGUGUGCUGCGCAACGAGUACAUCAGCCGUCGCUUCCUCUCCCUGGACCUCGACCCUGCACAUGCAGCCGAGAGAUGGUCCUCGGGCGGAGAGGUGGUCGUCUCGGCUAUCGUGCAGGUACUCGAGGAGGGAUUCGGCCGUGCCGACACCGAGGCUGGUCCGGCCGAGUUCGAGUACGCCGAGCGUGACGGUGUCCUGCAUGUUCCCCGGUACUACAAAGACGAGCAAUACAAUGACAUGGUCACUGGCCCGCUUGUGCCGAGCUGGAGUGAGGUACUACCAGCAGCCAAGGACGAGAAGGGAAGUAUCGAUGCUAUUGCCAGCAUUCCCUUGGAGCCCCUAUUCAAGGAGGACCGGCCACUGCGGCUGGAAGUGGGCAUCCCGGGACACUUGGACACAUUAGCUUUCAUUGACGAUAAGGAAAGCCAGGAGGCGUUGACACCUGAGCUCGUCGAGAUUACCCCUCGGGCCUACGGAGUUUGCUCGCGCGACGUCAUGGCCGCUAUGGGCCAACUCAAGGAUCGUUCCAUGGGUCUCGAAUGCGCAGGUAUCAUCACGCGCGUCGGUGCUGAGGCUCAGGCAAAGGGCUACAAUGUCGGCGACCGUGUCAUGGCGCUUUUGACUGGUGCAUCUUUUGCCAGCCGUGCCCGUGUUCCGUGGCAAGGCGUCAUCCAGAUACCGAGCGACAUGGAAUUUGUGAAUGCCGCGUCGCUUCCCCUGGCUUUUAGUGUUGCGUACGCCGGCCUCGUCGAUACUGCGCGCCUGACGGCUGGGCAGUCGGUGCUCAUCCACGCCGCGGCUGGGGCCAUUGGUCAGGCCGCCAUCAUGCUGGCGAAGCACCUCGGCGUAACUGAGAUCUACGCUACGGCCGGGUCGCAGGAGAAACGAGACCUUCUCCAGCGCGAGUACGGCAUCCCUGCCGAGCGCAUCUUCACCAGCCGCGACGCGUCUUUUGCCCCAGCGGUUCUGGCCGCCACGAAGGGACGCGGCGUCGACGUGGUGCUCAACUCGCUGUCAGGCCCGCUACUACAGGCCAGCCUGAGCGCAAUCGCGCCUCUUGGCUACCUGAUCGAAAUCGGCAAGGCGGACAUCGAGAGCAACAGCCUGGUGGCGCUAGAGUCCUUCUCUCGCGGCAUCUCGUUUAUCUCAUUGGAUGUCCCGACCCUCCUGCACCGCCGCGGACGCGAUGUCCACCGCGCGCUUGAUGAGAUCGUCCGCCUAAUCGAACAACAGGCGGUGAAGCCGGUUCACCCCGUCGCUGUUUACCCCAUGCAGGAUGCCCAGGCGGCUUUCCGCUUCGUGCAGACAGGUGCACAGACGGGUAAGGUUGUGCUCUCGGCUGGACCAGACGAACAGGUCCACGUGGUCCCUCGGCCGAAGGGGGUCACUGCUCCAGCCCGACUGCGGCCUGAUGCGUCAUACCUCAUCGUGGGUGGUGUGGGCGGUAUCGGACGUUCAGUCGCGCACUGGCUGGUAGCUCACGGUGCGAAGCACCUGAUUCUACUUUCUCGUAGCGCCGGCGAUCUCGAUCUAGACAAGAACAAGAACACUGACGGCGCGCUAUUCGUCCGCGAACUGCGGGAGAUGGGGUGUCGAGUGAAGCCCGUCAGCUGCGACGUUGCCCUCGCCAGCUCACUGACCAUGGCUCUCAGGGCCUGCGAAGACGACGGCUUCCCGCCAGUGCGCGGCAUCAUCCAGGGCGCCAUGUUACUGCGCGACGCUAUCUUCGAGCGUAUGACUCUCAACGAGUGGCGCGACGGCCUACGACCCAAGCUGUACGGCACCUGGAACCUGCACACCGAGUUCUCGCAACCAGACUCACUCGACUUCUUCGUCAUGCUAUCGUCCGUCUCCGGCGUGGUCGGCAUCGCAUCCCAAGCCAACUACGCCGCCGGCGGCUCCUACGAAGACGCCGUGGCUCGCUGGCGCCAAUCUCGAGGCCUGCCCGGCGUGGCGAUCGACCUCGGUCCCAUCUCCGACAUAGGCUACGUCUCGACCUCGGCCAAAGUUGCCGACCGCCUGCGCAAGGACGGCGACUUCGCCAUGCUCGACGAGGACAUCGUGCUCCGCGCGCUCAAGGCCGCCGUCCUGCACCCGCUCGGCGCCCGCUCCCAGGUCAUCGUCGGCCUCAACUCCGCCGCGGGCCCGCAGUGGGACGCCAACGGCCGCUCGCAGCUGGGCCGCGACGCGCGCUUUGCACCUCUGCGCCCGCGCACCAAAGCCUCAGCGCGACAAGCCGAUGGCGAGAGCACCGGCGCCUCGCUCGCCUCGCAGCUUGCUGACGCGAGCGACCGCCAGGAAGGAGCGAAGCUCAUCGGCGCCGCUAUUGCAGCUAAGCUGGCGGAUAUUUUCAUGACGCCCGUCGCGGAGAUCGACCUCAGCAAGCCCCCGGCGCACUAUGGCGUCGACUCGCUGAUUGCGGUGGAGUUGAGGAAUAUGCUCGUCUUGCAGGCCGCGGCGGACAUUUCCAUCUUUAAUAUUUUGCAGACAGCGAGCCUUGCUGCGCUGGCGGGGUUGGUGGCCGAGAAGAGCCGGCAUUUGCAGAGUGCUUAG